AUGAAGAGCGGUGCUGCACGAGAAGGUGAUCGUCGACCACCUCCCAGUGGAAAUAAGAGCAGGAAAAUAGAAAAGAUAUUAAGCGUAGACCACGGCGUCGUUCCCACUUCAUCUACCGUAGGUCCACCUGUUGUGACCAGUUCCGCGCAAGCAGAAGAUCCCAGCACUCGACGGCCGGAGGACGUGGUGGCCCCGCAGCAGAAAAACUACGCACAUCCUUGCGUGAAAAACCAGAACUAUGUCGGGCAGCACAAGUCCCUCGUGUUGGAACGACCCGCAGAGGAUAAGGUCCUUUAUUACCGGCCAUCAAGCAAGCGCGCACC